GUUUCUCUAUCUUCUCUGCGCCCAUGGCGCACCCCUUUCGGACAAUAUCAUUCAUAUCCUCCUGUCCUAUCGGUGCCCAGAUCACCAGGAAUGUAUAUUCCUCAGACGAAUCAUCCCAAUCCCGACUCCUCCCUGGCUCCGGCCACAAGACUCGGAGUGGGCCUACCAUCCGCCCAAGAAUUCGCUACACAUCACAAUUCCCCUUUUCCCGUCGAGUCGGUUUCAAAUACGGCACACCAGCUCUUUACCCGUAGCCUCGGCGCAUUAUCGACUACGCUUGAACACCUAACGAGGCUACGGAAGCGGGCGGGGUCAAACAGCGUGAACACCACAAUUGGAGUGGUGGUCGGUAUCCUCCUAGCAGUAUUUCUACUCGGCUUCUUCGGGUUCUUUUACUUCUAUGGGAGAUCACUCCGCGCCAAGCAACGGAAACAUCGUCGUCGCAAAUCGGCCGCUUCAAAAAAUUCUAAGAAUUCAGAAAGCGCCGGCGCUGCCGCUCCGCCGGCUGCAUGACACGAUGGCACUUUUUAUUCUCUUCACGAAUUACGAAGCAUGAAUCAUAAGGAUCGGAAACCGGUACCAAGGCGGGCGCCGACAUCACGCGUUGGAAGAAGGACAACGUUAAGGGCAUGGGAAUUUACAGGAAGUUUGUCGCAUAUCUACAGAACGGCUUAUUCAGCGGCCAAGAUUAGAAUCAGUGUGUUCUCGUCAUGUAAUAAGGAUAAUUACGUUUGGAGUUGGGGUUUUCAUGUUUGUACGAUAUGAGCGCAUAGUAUUUCAGGGGCAUGGGCGGAGUUU